ACCACCACCACCAAAUCUCCAUUGUCUCCCUCUCUCUCUCUCUCUCUCUCUCCUCGUCUUUUUCAGCUCUCCUUCUCUUUCUCUCUCGUUUUUUCUUUUCUUUUUUUUUUUUUUGGUUUCUGCUUUAAAACUCUCUUUUCCUUCCUUCCCUCCUCCCGUUCCGAAAGUUACAAUCAAUGGCGCUCAAGGCCGUUCAUGUCUCCGACGUCCCCAAUAUCAUCGAUCAAGUCCCGGAAAACACCUCCCUGGCACUCUACUCCACCCGUCUCCCCAAAGGGGGGCUUGACGUGGAGAGAACGGGGCUUAAAAUGCCGAAAUUCCUAGUCAUUGGGCACAGAGGGAGUGGAAUGAAUGUAUUGCAGUCCCCAGAUCGAAGAAUGAAGGCCAUUAAAGAGAACUCCAUUCUUUCUUUCAACUACGCUUCCAAUUUUCCCGUCGAUUUCGUCGAAUUCGACGUUCAGGUGACCAGAGAUAACUGUCCCAUCAUUUUCCACGACAACUUCAUCCUCUCUCAAGAACAUGGGACUAUAUAUGAGAGGAGAGUGACGGAACUGAGUUUAUCUGAGUUCCUUUCCUAUGGCCCCCAAAGAGAGGCUACGGGUAAAACGGGCAAAUCUCUGCUGAGAAAAACCAAAGACGGUAAGAUUGUGAGCUGGAAUGUUGAGGAAGAUGACUACCUGUGUACGCUCGAGGAGGCCUUUCAGAAGGUUAAGCCUUGCUUGGGCUUCAACAUCGAGUUGAAGUUCGACGAUCAUGUUGUCUACCCACAAGAACAGCUUCUCAGUGUCCUUCAUGCCAUCUUGAAGGUCGUGUUUGAACAUGGCAAAGACAGACCCAUUAUUUUCUCUUCCUUCCAACCGGAUGCAGCAUUGCUUGUUAGGAAAUUACAGAGCACUUAUCCUGUUUUUUUCCUGACAAACGGCGGGACUGAGACUUACUAUGAUGUGAGGAGGAACUCGCUGGAGGAGGCCAUUAAGCUCUGCUUGGAGGGUAGUUUGCAGGGGAUUGUAUCCGAGGUCAAAGGGAUCUUUAGAAAUCCCAGCGCAGUACCCAAGAUUAAAGAGGCCAAGCUGUCACUGUUGACUUAUGGCAAGCUGAAUAACGUGACUGAGGCAGUAUACUUGCAACAUUUAAUGGGAGUUGAUGGAGUGAUCGUUGAUUUGGUACAAGAAAUCACAGAGGCUUUGUCUAUGAUGAUAAAGCCUUCGAAGGAGGGGGGGGAAGAAGAGAUGGUGUUGGAAAGCAAGGAGCAGCAGAACGAGGGGAAGACCAAGCCCAAGUUUUCUGAGAGGGAGUUGUCAUUUUUGUUGAAGCUGAUACCCCAGUUGAUGAUACAGCCAUAAUAAUAAUAAUAAUAAAGAUCUUAAGACCACAGCCAUAACCCCAUAUCAUAUUUCAAGGAUUUCCAAAGGACUUCUUUACCCUCCGCUCCAGAUUCUUCAUGUAAAUGUGCGCGUGUCCUGUUGUUGUACAGAGCUAGUUUUUCUCUGGUAUCUUCACAUUAACAAAACGUAUUUCGUCCUC